UCAAUGCUUCGAAAAAAUCAAAUAUAAAAUAAAAAAAAAUAUUUUAAUUAUAAUUUCUUGAAAAAAAUACUAUUGCACAUAAAAGUGUUCAAUAAUUGAACACUUAAAGUAAAUUUAGAUAUGUUUGAUCAGAAAGGUCCAAUCAUUGCAACGCUUUGAUCAACAUUCGAGAAUAGAUGCAGUUUGCGAAAAUUGUAGUACCAAAAAAAAGGCUAGUCUUAAUUUAGAUAUCAUAUUGUCGAUUUUAGACUUUUUUAAUUUUUUCUUCUAUUUAAAUUUAUUAUUUCGAAAAAUAAAUUCGUAUAAUACUUGUGAUAAAAUCGUCUACAUGUACACGAAGUUUAUAUAUAAUAUACUUUGACAUAAAUAAAUAUUCAUGCCUUUUUGUUUGGGAAAUUAUACAACUCGUAAUAUGGAAGAAUAUGCUGUAGUAUCUGAUAUAUCAGUUGUAGAUGUUUAUGAUAUUGCAUCUGAAAUAGGAAAAGAAUGUGAGAAACUUAUAGAUUCAUAUGGAGUAGAAUCUGUAACUAAUCUUAUGCCAAAAGUAAUACAUGCAUUAGAAUUAUUAGAAAAUCUUGCAACCAAAAAUGAACGUGAAAAUACUACAGUUCAAGAAUUACGUGCAAAGAUUUCACAAUUAGAAAAUGAUAAAAUUGGAAAAGCUGAAGAUAGGCAGAGAUUUGAAAAGGAAUUGGAACAAAUUGAAGAACAUUGGCGUCAAGAAUCUCGUGAUUUAGUAGAAAUGGUUACAAGAUUACAAGAAGAAAAUAGACGACUAUCAGAAGCUUUGCAGGAAUCACGUAGUGAUAGUCAGUACAGCAGUAAACAAACUUUCACAGCUAGUCAAGAAGUUGAUAUUGCAGUAUUGCAGCAUUUAAGAUCUAUGAUAGACAAACAAAGAGAUCAAAUUCGAGGCAGAGAUAAAGAGCUGUUACAAAAAAAUUCGGAAAUAGAAAAUCUGACAGGACAAGUUGAGAAACUCGGAGUUGUUGGUCGAGAAUUAAAACGAAAACAACGUCAAGCACAAAUGCAAGCACGAGGUUUAGUAGAAGAAAGGGCAGAUUUCUUAGCUCAAUUGCAAGAUCAAAAUCGUGAAUUGAUAAAUCUUCGAGCUCGACUUGGUUUAGCAAAAAAAGAAAAUGAAGAUUUAAGUAAAUUGCAGGGUUGUCCAGAUUUAACUAAUAAGGCUGUGUAUGAUCUUGAUGAUCCAGAUAGACCAAGAUUUACUACUGCUGAAUUAAAAGAAAUUUUACAUGAACGAAAUGAAUUGAAAGCUAGAGUAUCAGAUUUGGAAGAUGAAUUAGAACUAUAUCGACCAAAACCUGAAAUAGUUGAAGAUGAUAAAGAUGCUCCUGUACAAGGUCCUCUUCCUUAUGAACCAGAUGAUGCACCUUGGAAGAAGACAUCUGAAUCUGGAAUUCGUAAAUUUUUCCGGAAAAUUUUCUCAGAAUCUAGCAGUAGUUUUUUAGUUGGUAGUAGUCCACGUCGAAGUCUUUCUAGUUUAUCAAAAAUGGCUCUUUCUGGAAACAGUACAUAUGAUGAAUCUGUAUAAUGAUUUUCAAACAAAUGAUUUUUAACAUCUUAUGAAAAUUGAUUGAACAUAAUAUUUUUGCAUUUAUUGAUUUUAUAUUUUGAUAAUGAUGCAUAAUCAUAAUUAUUUUAAUGAAUUAAAAGUCUUUUUUUUUUUGAAUUAUUGAUUAUAACAAUUAUUUGAUUAACUAAAAGUAAGUUUUAAAUAUAAUAUGAUUUAAACAAUUAGAUAGAAGUAUAAAUAUUCAUGUAUGUGCAACACAUUAUCUACUAUCUAAAAUAAUUUAGAAUGAAUUACAUAUAUAAAUAUAUAAAUAUAUACAUU